AUGGGUGUUCCGGUUUGUUGUGUGUCUCAACCGGAUAUCCCCUUUGUGGGUGUGGAUCCUCCUUUGAUGAAAUGCGAUGUAACUCAAACAUGUGUGGAUACAACUGAUGUUUUUGUAACUGGUAAAAAAUUUACUACAAGAGAAGAGGAGAUAAGUUGGAUUAAGGAGGUUGGAAUCAAGAAUAAAGUGACAGUUAUAAUAACUCGUUCAGAUACCAAAACAAGCAAGAGAGGAAGAAGUGAUAAAUUAGUAUUUGGUUGUGAUAGAGGUGGAAAAUACAAAAAAACAGAUAGCGAAACCCAAAGUGCUAGUAAGAGAUGUGGUUGUCCUUUCAAAAUUAGGUCAACACCGUCGAAAGAUGGUUCUGGAUGGAAGAUCGAUGUAAAAUGCGGAGUACACAACCACGGCUUACCUGAUAGAUUUGAAGGUCAUGCUUUCGUAAGUCGACUAAAUACAGAUGAUAAGCAACAUAUUAUUGAUUUGACAAAACGCCAUGUUCCACCAAGACACAUAUUAUUGUCAUUGCAAGAGCGUGACCCGGAGAAUGUCACUUACAGACAUCGAUUUGUCGAAGCAUGA